AUGCCGGGCCUCGACCACAUCAGUCCGGCCUCCCUCCCUGCCGCCAUCUUCCAUCUUCCAUUUGCCAUCUUCCAUUUUCCAUCUCCCAUCUGCCACCUGCCAUCUACCGCCACGGCGUGUUCAUGGGGAAACUCGGACAUCACCGUCUACAGACAGGUCGAGCGUGUCGUCGAGUAUGCUCUCGAUCUCCUCUCCGACGAAAGAGGGUUCUGGGCAUUGGCCGAGGCGGGACGAAGAGCGUGGGAGAGAGGGUUUCAAAAGCCUCUAAAGAACAGGAGGCCUUCCCUCGGUCCCUUCGAAUCACUGGCCAAGUCGUUCCUCAACGAGCUAACGAAAUCCGAGGAAGCAUUUCUCCAAAGUUUUUGGACCAGCAAUCACCCGGAUUACAGUGGAUAUCUCCGAGGGGAGUGGAAAUGGGUCGGGUUGGACGAGAAAGUCGAGGGCUCCUGGAAAUCCACAGGUAGAGACGUGAUACACCUGAACAAACAUAUGCUCGAGUCCAUGGACCGGGCUUGGAAGAUGGCCCAGACGGGGACCUCCAAGUCCGAGGAUGCCUACCGCGCCCACCAUUACUUCCGCUUCACCUUGGGUGCCAAUGUGGCGCGCCAAGUGGUAAACGCCUUCAUGAAGUACUUGGCUGGUCGUAAAUGGACUUCAGCGCAUGACGCGGGUGCCAUGUGGGAAAGUCUCAUGUUUGGGGGCGAGGUCUUCAACUUCGACGCCCCCGUAGAUCCCAGGGCGGUCGAGUACCCCGAGGAUCCCAUGGGAGAUGACCGGUGCGGGACUCUGUGGCUUGUCAAAUGGCUGGACGAGAGCCGCGAUCCGUCAAAUACGCGCGUGCGAAGGCUCCGGGUCGUUUACAGCAAGAGAUAUGGCAUCGGAUGGGGCGUAGUAGAGGCCCCGGUCUACACGCUCAACGAUUUCAGGAGAUACAAGCAAAUGCACGAGGUGCGCCCCAAGAUGAGGCGGGAAAAGUACACAAACGUGAAGCAAGCGCCGACCGGCAACCGCCCAAGCUAUGACGAGGACCUUGGGCGGCAAAGGGCCGGCACGGGCACGCCGAAUUCUGCCUCGUCGAUCACUUCUUCUGCCCCGUCUUCUGCCCCGUCUUCGGCCACGUCCUCGGCCCCGUCUUAUACCGGCGGCGGCUACGUAGGCGGGGGAUCAGGGGGAUCACGAAGCAGUUCCUCUCGGCACCGAACUGCCGGCGCAUUCCAAGCUGCGGAUGGUUAUCAAUAUAUGCAUUAUGGGUCCGCGCCCGGGCUCGCCGAUCGGCAGCAGUUCGCCUCUCUUCCUGCGACGGCCGCGCGAGCCGCCAACAACAACCCGGCGACGCCACGUCAGGGAGAGGGGAUCGUGUCAGGGGCCGAGCAGCGCCGGUACAAGUGA